AUGACUUCUACCACCGUCAAACUAGACGCAGCCAGUCUCUUCAGCGUCCAUGGCCUCAACGUCGUCAUUACUGGUGGUGGAAGUGGUCUAGGUGCCAUGAUGGCUCGCGCCCUCGCCCUCAAUGGCGCGGCCAACGUGUUCAUCCUAGGUCGGCGUCUUGCAUCACUCCAGUCAGUCGCCUCUUCCGUGCCGACAAAGAACAUCCACCCAAUCGUGUGCGAUGUGACCUCGAAGGACAGCUUGCUGUCAAGCGUGGAGCAAGUAAAAUCCGUCACUCUGGUCCUCGAUGUGCUGAUCUGCAACGCGGGUGUUAUGGCCCCAGAAACUCCGGUCACCGAUGAGACCGGCAAGUACCUAUCUCUCGAGAAGUUUGCCGAAAAUCUAUGGGUUCCAAGCUUUGACUCUGUGAACUACACGUUCGCAGUGAAUGUGACAGCAACCCACUUCACAAUCGCCGCCUUCCUGCCCCUACUACAAGCCCGCAACCGGACGCGCCCUCACCCACCGACCGAGGAAAAUUUCACUGCUCGCCCACAGAUCAUUGCUACCGCCUCCACAGGUGGCUACAGUCGCAAGUUCCUCAACGACAUGAUUUACUCACCCGCCAAGGCGGGAGUGAUACACAUGAUGAAAAUGCUGUCCACGGUUCUAGUCGAGUACGACAUUCGUGCCAAUGUCUUAGUACCGGGGUACUACUAUAGCGAGAUGACGCACAACAUGUACACGGGGGAAGGCAGGGUGAACCAGCACAAUGUUGAAGGCACAUGGGAGAAGAGUCGAGUGCCGGCGACAAGGACGGGUGAUGAGCAAGACAUGGCAGGCGCUAUCCUCUGGUUAUGCAGCCGCGCAGGAGCAUACAUCAACGGCAUGUCGUUGAUCACCGAUGGUGGAAGAUUGAGUGUCUUGCCAAGUACCUACUAA